AUGAUAAAAAAAAUAUCGGAAGAAAGUGGUAUCGGACAACGGACUGUGAGCGUUACUCUGUCGGAAUAUCGCAACAAAAAGACUGUAACAUCACCAAACAAGACCAAAAUCAGACCAAAAGUAACCGAUAAAGUAGACGAGUUUGACCAAAAUGCCAUCAGGCAAAAAGUUCAUCAAUUUUGGCACAACCAUCAAAUUCCGACGUUGAAUAAAAUAUUAACAGCAGUCAAUGAAGAUGACAGUUUGCCAAGUUUCUCAAAAAUUUCUUUGCACAGAGUUUUGAAACAUCUGAAUUUCGAGUAUGUCCGUAAGUCUCGUAAUAGUGUAUUAAUCGAACGGAAUGAUAUUGUGUGUUGGCGCCGAAACUAUUUGGAAACUAUAAAGAAUUAUCGUCAGUUAGGUAGACAAAUAUAUUACCUUGAUGAAACAUGGGUAAAUGCAGGUGAAACUACAUCGAAAUCAUGGGUGGAUAUUACAGUGAAAUCGACAAGGGACGCAUUUCUCAGAGGUCUUACAACUGGACAAAAGGAACCAUCUGGUAAGGGCAAGCGGCUCAUUGUUGUGCACAUCGGGUCAUCUGACGGGUUUGUUCCUUGA